AUUAUAGGGAGAGAGCAGUGAGGACACCCAGAGUGCCAGCCUGCCUCUGGUGAUGGCUGGAGUGCACCUGCCUCUGGCCACUCAGAUCAGAACUGCAAACUGAGAGAGAGAGAGAAAUACACAGAGAGAGGGAGGAAAGGAGAGUAAGAGAAACAGAUAGAGAAAUGAUUGUUUUUUUAUUUAUAGUAACUGGACUUCUAUUACUGUAUAUGAAAUAGCUUUGCCAAUACCGUGUUAGAUUUCAUGCCAAUAAAGCAGCAGUGAACUGAAGUGAAUUGAAUUGAGAGAGAGAGAGGGAGGUAUAGGGAGGGAGAACGUGAGAGAGAGAGAGGGAGGGAGAACGUGAGAGAGCGAGAGAGAGCGAGAGAGGGAGAGCGUGAGAGAGAGACACACAGAACGAGAGAGAGACUGCCCGCCCGCCCGCCUGCCUGCCUGCCUGCCUGCGGAUCACUGCAGAGCUGCUGUGAUGGACUCUCUGAGCGCUGCUCUGGAGCAGAUGAAGGUGAAUGGGGGGAUAGAGGAAGAGGAGGAGCUCCGAACACACCUCGACACCCUGCUGAGAGCACUGGAGGAGAACAGAGAGGGUGCUGCUGAGCGGAUUGUGGCGAGCAGUAUUCUCCCCUCGCUGGCUGCAAUCCUGCGCAAGGACACAUCCCUCACUGCCCAGGCCACACUGGUGACUGCGGAGCUGGCCAAAAACGCGGAGGUGCGGGAGCCCUGUAUUCAGGCUGGGUUCGUCUCGGCUCUGGUUCCCCUGCUGGAGACAUCGGACCAGGAACUGCUGCUCCACACGGGCCGGGCCAUCGGAAGAAUCUGCUUCGACAACAGCUCUCAGCAGGAGGCUCUGGUGCAGUGUGGGGUGAUUCCUCGACUGGUCGGGAUCAUGAAGCAGUUUCCUGAGAAUGACGUCCUGGUCAACGUGUGCCUGCUGGCACUCUGCAACCUGGCCGACCUCGACUCUGCGAGGGAAGCCCUUAUCGAGAUGCACGUAGCUGAGGUGCUGACUGUGCAGCUACGCCGUGCUCCCAAUGCAGAGAGAAGACACAUCAUACUGGAAGUGCUGGGAGCACUGGGAGAGAGCGACUCUCUGAAGCUGCAAUUUGUAGACUCGGAGGUCCCGGAGGCUCUCUCAGAGAUGAUUAGGGGGCUGCAGGCCGGCACAGACCCCCCCGACCUCUGUAGCGUCAAGAUCGCAUCCAGCCUCAUCGUGUCCUUGCUGCUGGGGGACGAGGCGAUGCAGAAGUGUUUUGGGAAUGGCUCGGCCACAGUGUAUCAGGACAUCCUGUCCUGGCUGCAGUCCCCCAACACCCAACUGCAGCUCUCCGGGGCGCUCGCUAUCGCCAACUUCGCCAGGAACGAUGGUAACUGUAUCCAGAUGGUUGACUCGGGGGUUGUCUCUCAGAUUCUGGACCUGCUGGAGCGCCAUGUGGACGAUGGGGACGUGUCUGUCCAACAUGCUGCACUGAGUGCACUCAGAAACCUGGCCAUCCCUGCGGUCAAUAAGGUGCGGAUGCUGCAGGACGGGGUCUCAGAGAGGAUUCGGAAGCUGCUGCGCUCUGACAUGCCCCCGGUCCAGUUCAAACUGCUGGGGACGCUGCGUAUGAUGGUGGACGGACAAGAGGAGGCGGCGUCAGUGCUGGGGCAGGAUGAAGCUCUCCUCUCCAGGGUGAUGCAGUGGUGUGAUGCCCGGGAUCAUGCCGGGGUGCGUGGAGAGGCCAACAGACUGCUGGCAGCCCUGAUCAGACACAGCCGGGCACCUGAAGUGGUUAAGGCAGUGACCCGGGCAGAGGGGGUGCAGCACCUCAUCUCCAUGGCGAUGAACGAGCAUGUGAUCAUGCAGAACGAAGCGCUGGUGGCACUGGCCAUCGCCUCCACCAUCGACAUCGACGCGGUGGAGGAGCCCUUCAUGUCAGCCGGUCUGCUCUCCACGCUGCAGCAAAUGCUGGAGGACCCUGUGGCUGCGGUGGAGGUGAAGUUCAGUACAGUGGGGCUGGUGUGCAGCCUGGCCAACUCAGUGGAGUUGAGGUCUCAGAUGGAGGCUCUGGCUCUGAGGGAGACUCUGGGGAAGCUGAGUAACCACGGCAACACCAAGCUGGCAUCACAGGCUGACACAGCUCUGACCAUCCUCGCUGAGACCAGCUGAACAGAACCAGUGACCCAGUACCCUGCCAGCAGACCCAGCCCACCCCUGUACCCCUCUAGCAGAACCAGCCCACCCCUGUACCCCUCCAGCAGAACCAGCCCAACCCAGUAUCCCUCCAGCAGAACCAGCCCAAUCCAGUAUCCCCCCAGCAGAACCAGCCCAACCUAGUACCCCCCCCCCCCCCAGCAAGAACAGAACCAGCAACCCAACUCAUAAGGACACCUGCUACCCAAAACAGAACCUUCCAGGAGAUCUCACAAUCCCUGACCUAUUACCCCACCAGCAGAACCACAGUGCUGAGCACUGGAGUAGAACCGGAUCAACACGGGCCCGAGAAUCACUGAGAUCCAACACUGGAAACUGACCCAACAGCGUCUGGAACAGAACCCUAGAGAGGAGUAUUCUAAUCAAGCCUGACCCAGUACCUACAGAACCACUGACCCGACUCUCACACACACACACUCCACCAGCAGCCUGUUCCACAGAGGAAUCCCACACAGCAGGACGAGGCAAUUGGACUUUUAGAACACUUUAUUACAAAGAUGAUGACAUCAUACACAGUUUAUACUUUUUAGAUGGGUACAUUCCCUUUAAUGCGAAAAUAUCAAAGACUUUUACAUAAAUAAAAAAUCUACCAAAUAAGAAUUAUUAAAAAAUGGUGACAUGUUCCUGAGAGGGUUGGUCUGUGCUGGUGCUACAUCACAGAAAGAAUCAGACAGCAUCAACCCCAGAAUCGGAGCAUGUUUCUUCACCGGCUCCUAAUGCACCUCCAAGAGGAUUACAUCCCGCUUCAAGCACACGUGCAUUUUCAGAGGCAAUACAAUGAACAGUAAUAAAAGCUGCAGAUCAUUUACAAUAGUGCAAGCAUAUCUGUACACUGCUAAAGAAAUGUUCUCAGACCAACAAGACCAAGAGAAUUGAAGCUAUCAUUUUUGGUUUUGUUAAUGUACAAAAAAAAAUAAAAAAUAACCCCAAUUCUUCUUGGUCUAAAACACAAGUGUUCAGGUUCCUGAAGUAGUUUGCUAGCUGUAGGACGAUUAGUUAGCAGAAGAAGCAUCAAACAAAAUUGGCUUGGAUUUGAAGUGCAAAACUUUCUUCCAUUUAUUUAAAUAGAUUUUAAAGUAAUAAGACUGACAAAGAAGCAACUGCAGCGAUGUUUGUUCUUGUUAAGGGCAGGGGUCUAUACGAUAGGAAUUCUGCCUUUAAAUGAUGGCCCGAAAUCAGAUAUUUACUAUGGGAGUUGCUUCCCCUUUAAUUCCCAUGGGUAUAUAUCUGCAGACAUGAACUUGUCUGUUGUCACAGUCUAAUUUGUUCCUGCAUACUGAAUGCUACGCAGG